UCGGACAGGGGAGGCGGCGGGCGGAUUUCAUCCUUGCGUUGCACUGUCUUCCAACGAUCCCAUCCCUGUUUGCCAGGCAGAGGCAUCCUGUGUGAAGCCUCUAAAGUUUACUGUGCAAUACAAGGAAGUGCUUAAGCAAGUGAUCUCGAAGCGGCUUGGGUCUCUCUGCGCGUCACUCUCCCCCGGCAACGGAGAGGCUGCCUCUGCCUCCUCCUUUUCCGAUCAGAUGAUCAAAGGUGCGGCUGCCUGCUGCGCCCGCUCCAGUUUGGUGGCUGCGCUUAGUCGGUCGGCGCCCCUCUUCCUGGUUUCACUUUGGUUUCCGGACGGGAUUCAGCCUUGUUCGACUCCGCAGGCAAACGCUGUCUUCUGUUUAAGGGACAGAUCAUGUGUUCCAGCCUGCUUGAAAACUAUAAAGCAGCCAUGGUUCUGAGUGCAGUUGGAGAUGCCCUGGGUUUUAAAAAUGGGGAGUGGGAAUUCCUCCUCUGCGGUAAAGAGAUUCACGCACAACUGGCCAAAAUGGGAGGCCUGGGCAAAAUCAGCGUGGCAGGCUGGCCCGUCAGCGACGAUACUGUCAUGCAUUUGGCUACAGCUGAAGCCCUGGCAGAAGCUGGAAGAGACCCAGAUUUCAUGCACCUGUAUGCUCUCAUUGCAAGAAAUUAUAAGGACUGCAUGAAAGACAUGAAUGGAAGAGCUCCAGGUGCAACCUGUAUGAGCAAUGCAAGGCGUCUGAAACCAAACGAGCCAGAUGGGUGGAAAAUCCCUUUCAAUAAAAGUGGUGGAGGGUGUGGAGCUGCCAUGAGGUCAAUGUGCAUUGGACUACGGUUUCCUCACCCAGAGCAAUUGGACAGCUUGAUUGAAGUCAGCAUAGAGAGUGGGCGAAUGACUCACCACCACCCAACGGGCUACCUGGGAUCCUUGGCUUCUGCUCUCUUCACUUCUUAUGCUGUGAAUUGCAAGCCCCCUCAGGGAUGGGGGAAAGGGCUGAUGACAGUGCUUCCAAGGGCAAAAGACUAUAUCCAGAAGUCAGCUUGCUUUGUGGAAGAGAAUUUGCAGCACUGGAACUACUUUGAGACUCAGUGGAAGGAGUACCUGGAAAUCAGAGGCAUAUCUGAUGGGGAAUCUCCUCCUUCCUUUCCUGCCAAAUAUGGUGUGAAACAGAGGGAUGAGUUCUAUACAUCUGUCAGUUACUCCAACUGGGGAGGCAGCAGCGGGCACGAUGCUCCCAUGAUUGCUUAUGAUGCCAUUCUUGGUUCGGGGAACAACUGGACUGAGCUGGCUCACAGGGGUUUCUUCCACGGUGGAGACAGUGACUCUACAGCGACCAUCGCUGCAUGCUGGUGGGGAGCAAUGCAUGGUUUCCAAGGGGUCAGCAUUAAUAACUAUAGGGAUAUUGAGUACAGAAAUCGACUGGAAAAGAUUGCUGAAGACCUUUACCACCUCAGCUUGCCAGAAAAGCUUGACUGAAAUAGCCCUUUGGACUGGGUGAAAUAAGACAGAAUCGCAGAAAACUUAAUACCAUUUAGUGCUUAAGAGAGCGUGUAGCACUCAAUCUGGUAAGAAUGUUACUAUAAUUUGACGCACUGUUUUGCAAAAAAAACCACCCCAACCCAGUGUCUUUGGUGCAACGGACAGGCAGAACUGUCUUGCUAAGAGCUCUGGCUGUUGAACUUCGCUCUUGAUGGUCCUCCUCCUGCUUCUGCAUUCUGCCUUUUCUCUAUGGAUCUGCUCUGUUAUUACACUGAAGGAUUCGGUUGCAAAUAAAGUUAGAGGAGUUUUGAGAGG